GGAGAAUCCUGACACAAAUGGCAACUUGUAUCCUCAUCUGGCCACCUCAUUCCCCUGGAUUUACACUGCCUGGAUAUUCACCUGGUUAGAGAUGUCUUUCCCCUCCCCGAGUGGUUCUGAUGUGGGUAUUGACAUCAGAGAGGAUCUGCGCUCUCCCCAUUUCAAGUAUAGAAUGAAUACCUACCUUUUCAUCUAUUAUUUAAUCCAGUUCUGUGGACACUCAUGGAUAUUUACAAAUAUGAUGGUCAGACUCUUCUCAUUUGGGAAAGAUUCUUUAGUCGACACCUUCUACGCUAUUGGACUUGUGAUGCGUCUUUGCCAGUCCCUUUCCCUUUUGGAGCUGUUGCACCUAUACGUUGGCAUUGAACCGAAUCGCCUUUUUCCUAGAUUUCUACAGCUAACAGAGAGAAUAAUCAUCCUGUUUGUGGUGAUCACCAGUCAGGAUGAGGUCCAAGGGAAAUAUGUUGUGUGUGUGUUAUUUUUCUUUUGGAAUCUAUUGGAUGUGGUUAGAUAUACGUAUAGUAUGUUAUCGGUAAUUGAAAUACACUAUCCUAUUUUGACAUGGCUCAGACAUACACUGUGGAUGCUAAUUUACCCUCUAUGUGUUCUUGCUGAAGCAUUUGCCAUCUACCAAUCGCUGCCUUAUUUUGAAUCCUUUGGCACUUACUCCAUCAAAUUACCAUUCCCAAUUGCCUUAUCAAUCUAUUUUCCCUACGUUUUGAAAAUAUACCUGAUGGUCCUUUUUGUUGAAGCCAAGAUUCCAUAUUAUCCAAGGGGGAAAGAAGAUCAUGGUUCUCAUACUGGAGCAGGUGAUGUGCAACUUUACCUUUGGUGUGUGCUCUUUCCACGGCUCUUUGAAGAAAUGAAGCUACUGGCCUCUCUGCAAGACGGUACAAGUCUAAGAAAAAAUUGUGGCCAUUUGCCCCUAACUUUGACUCCUGGAUCAGGGCAAAGAAAUCUACCCAAGACACUGCACAAAGCAAGCCAGAACACCUCAAAUGCAUGAGGAGAACUAAUCAAGUCUCUAAUGCAAUGUUUGAAAUGGGAUGUUUGAAGCCCGAAAAUGGCAAUCAAAUAAACCCAGAAGGAGAAGACGGACAUGCCAAUGGUCUCUUACCUGUAU